AUGCGGGAUUUAGGGACUAAUAUGGUAGCACAUGUUAAGAAAGAAAAUGACUUAGGGAGAUCUUUUCAUCUGUGUGUGGAAGGGGAAGUCUUGAUUGUUUUCCUUUCUUUAAACAGCACUAAUAUUCUGAAAGAGCCUGUGUGUUUAGGAAGAUGUGAGCACAUAUUCUGUAGUAACUGUGUAAGUGACUGCCUUGGAGCCGAAUGUCCAGUGUGUAAUACCCCAGCCUGGAUACAAGACGUGAAGAUAAACAGGCAGUUGGACAGCAUGAUCCAGCUUUGCAGUAAGCUUCGGAAUUUGCUGCAUGAGAACGAGCUUUCAGAUUUAAAAGAAGAAACAUCCAGGAAAAAUUUAUUUAAUCAUGCAGAAAGUAAGAAGAAUUCAAUAAAAAUGUGGUUUAGUCCUCGAAGUAAGAAGGUCAGAUACGUUGUAAGUAAAGUUUCAGUACAAACUCAGCCUCAAGUGAUAAAUGAUGAAAAUGCGCAGCAGGCCUCGAUGUAUGAAUAUGCUUCUGCGAGUCCUCCAGUAGACUCUUCUGCGAGGGCUAAAAAGGCUUCUACAAGAUCUGGAAAAAAACUGAAGAAGAAAACUUUAACUAAAAUCAACCAAAUGUGGAAUUUAGAGGCAGGCAAAAAAGAUGGUCAACUUGACUCCAAAGAGAAAUUGAAGGAAAAGCUGGUAUCUGUCUCUGUCCAACCAUCUGUUAAUGCCAGUCCUCCGAGAAAUGGUGAAAUAGACUUAUUAGCAAGCGGCUCUGUGGCAGAAGAUGAAUGUUUUGGAAACUUAACCGAAGUCUCUUUACCAUUGGCUGAGCAAAUAGAGUCUGCUGAAAGUGAAAAUGAUCUUUCGUCUAAGAAUGGAAAACGUGGGCGUCACAGGAGACUUUCCAGUCCCAUUUCUAAGAGAUGUAGAAACAGCAUUCCCAGCACCAGUGAAAAUGUUGUUAAGCAAGCAGGGCUCUCAGAAAACAUCCCAUUGCCUGGCUCUUCUUUGCAGCCUUCAACCAAACUUAAAGUUGGAGACAGAGUGAGGAGGAAAACCAGAACUAUAUUAGAUGAAUCCAUGAGCUCCUCACCCUCUACACUGAAUAGCACACCACCCUCUACACUGAAUAGUACAAAUUACGGCCGGAUGCUGUCCAGCCCCUCAGCAAUGAAACUGACACCCGGUAACCUUACAGCUGUGAAAAGAAAUCAUAAGGGCGAGACUUUGCUCCAUAUUGCUUCAAUUAAGGGCGACAUACCUUCUGUUGCAUACCUCUUACAAAACGGAAGCGACCCAAAUGUUAAAGACCAUGCUGGCUGGACACCAUUGCAUGAAGCCUGUAGUCAUGGGCACCUGCAGGUAGUGGAAUUGUUACUCCAGCACAAGGCUUUGGUGAACACCCCUGGGUAUCAGAACGACUCACCACUCCACGAUGCGGCUAAGAAUGGGCACAUGGAUAUAGUCGAACUGUUACUGUCCCAUGGAGCUUCCAGGAACGCUGUUAACAUAUUUGGUCUGCGACCUGUGGAUUAUGCAGACAGUAAGACUAUGAAAUCACUAUUGCUGCCGCCAGAGAAGAAUGAAUCAUCACCCACUCACCAUUGCUCAGUAAUGCAUGCUGCUCAGCGUAGGGAUGGACCUCUUGUACUCAUAGGCAGUGGGCUUUCUUCAGAACAACAGAAAAUGCUCAGUGAGCUUGCAGCAAUUCUUAAGGCUAAAAAAUGUGCUGAGUUUGACAGUACAGUGACUCAUGUCAUUAUUUCUGGUGAUACAGUUCAAAGUACCCUGAAAUGUAUGCUUGGGAUUCUCAAUGGAUGCUGGAUCCUGAACUUUGAAUGGGUGAAGGCAUGUCUACAAAGCAAACAAUGCGAACAGGAAGAGAAAUAUGAGAUUCCUCUAGGACCACAGAGAAGCAGGCUCAACCGAGAACAGCUGUUGCCAAAGCUGUUUGAUGGAUGCUACUUCUAUUUUGAGGGAAUCUUCAAACACCAUCCCAAGGACAACCUGAUUAAGCUCGUCACUGCAGCUGGGGGCCAGAUCCUCAGGAGGAAGCCCAAGCCCGACAGUGAUGUGACUCAGACCAUCAACACGGUCGCCUACCACGCCAAACCCGAUUCCGACCAGCGCUUCUGCACGCAGUACAUCAUCUAUGAGGAUGUGUCCUGUCACCGCCAAGAGAGGGUUCGUCAGGGCAAAGUCUGGAUGGCUCCUUCCAGCUGGUUUAUAGAUUGUGUGAUCUCCUUUGAGCUGCUCCCUCUUGACAGCUGAGUACUACGCCACAGGCACACGUCAGAUUGAAUGUAGACAGUGUGAGGACCUAGCCCUUUCACUGUCUUGAUCAUUCUCAUUUUUAUAAAUAGGUAGACUGAUUCAUAUUUUUUCCCUUGAAUUAAAAAACAAUCUUAUGCCAGAUUAGGAAUUUAUUCUGUGCUUACCGUUUAGAUGCUGAGAUUGCAUUGAAGGAUUUUCUUUUUAAAACUGAUAUAUGUUUUGAUUCAUCAUGUCUUUGUACUCAAAUUGUCAGCUAUCAAAGAUUAAUGGGAGAGUAUCAGAACUACUGCUUGAUAUAACAAGUGGUGUCAGUAAUAUCUCAGUCUUUUAAUGUUUUUUUGAUGAAAUAAUCUAUACCUGCCAUCAGCAGAAAUUGUCAUUCCAUUCGUUAGUAAACAAAACAUUGUCAGAUAAUUUAUUGUUAUGAAAAUAGAGUACCUGGUUUACAUGUGUUCUGAUAGGUGUUAACUUUUUCUCCUCUCUUCAGUUGUAUUCAUUUUACAUUGUUUCUUAUAACUUAGUUUCUUAAAAUUUUCUUGGAUGUCUGUAGCUACUUUUUUAUCUUGCCUCUUUAUCAGGAAAUCAUGAUUUGAACCUUAACGUUAACUGUUCUUUGGUGAUGAAAGUCAGCAUUGGCUCAUGGCACAUAUUUUUAUUGUAUGCACUUGCUUAUCGUUGCUGCUAUAUUUAUCUCUAUGAAUACAUACUUCAAGCAUUUUCUCCAACAUAUUUUAGUAUCAAUAUUUCUUAGAAUGUCUCACCAGACUAGCAAAUUGUCAAUCAAAUGGUAGACCUUACUAUCUAUUGCUAAAAUAAUUUUUUAAAGGUCUUAAUUUCUUCCUUCAUAAGAUUUUUUGUUAUUGUUCCUUUUCU